CAAUAAAUUUUCCUUAAAAUUCCUCAAAAAGGAAACAUUCUAGUGUCAUUUUCGCAACCGUGGAACUUCCGGCGAUGACGUCAUAGCAAGCCCUCGAGCUUCGCUCUCUAUUAUUGUCCAUUUCACUGGUGUAUAUUCUUGUCAAAAACUUCAAUUUUCACGGCGGUUUGGAAGAACUGAAGUGUAUCAUAACAAAACGUAGUGGACAUGAGCUUCCUUUUGUAAGUAGGCAGAUUUUUGGUCCUGUUUUACGCACCGAUCUCGCGAAAGCUUGGUUUGAAAAUACGACAUGCGAAUGUUUAUAUAUGUGUUCAAUUGCCUCGAUUUAUGGAUUAAAUCGUGUUUUCUGGAUUCAGUGGAUGUUAUAUACGAUUGCUACAUACGUCUUUCUCUUUCUAUAGUGGGAGCAGGUCUACGAAAACCUUUAAACCGAAGAAAAACAUCCCCGAAGGCACGCAUCAAUAUGAUUUAAUGAAACAUGCUGCCGCGACUUUGGGAAGUGGUAAUCUAAGACUGGCCGUUGUUCUACCAGAUGGAGAGGAUCUCAACGAAUGGGUUGCUGUAAAUAGUACGUAGUCAUGCCCUCCUUCGUAUUUUCAUGGUUUAGAUUGCUUUAAACUACUUAGAAUAUCGAAAUCGAAUUAUGAUACUACACAACAUUCGCACAUGACAUAGCCACUCUGUGUAUAUACAUUUAAAACUAUAAGCAGUAUAAAAGCAGAAAGUAUUGUUAAAUUCUCGUUUUUUUCAUCUACAGGAUUUAACAGGAUUUAACAGUAUUUUCUUUUUUACAAAAGACCUUAAAAAUAUGUAGUAAUCUUAUUACCACAAUGCUAGAAAAAUAUUUAUUUAAACGGAUGUAGCAUCUGUGAUAGAACUUGUGAAAUUGAAAUAAUGUAUUGAAGUCCUUUUGCUUUCAUCGAAUAUAAAAUCCCUGGUUAUUUAAGUUCUAAAUUAAAACUAUGCUUUAAUAUUUCUAGCUGUAGAUUUUUUUAACCAGAUCAAUAUGCUUUAUGGAACUAUCACAGAAUUCUGUACGGCCGAAUCGUGUCCUGUGAUGUCUGCCGGCCCGAAGUAAGUAUAAACUCACUUCUCUCGUCUGCAAAUUUGCCCCUUUUCUUUGCCUUAUUUUCUUUGCAAUUACUUCUAGAGAACUUCCUUUUACUUUGAAUUUUUGGGGAGUGUUUUAAACUAAGGAAUGCGGCUUCUUGUCUCCCCAUAUCCCGUUGUUGUGAAACUAUUUCCUGAUUAUGUCAACGCCAUAUUUAUAAUGUGUCAUCGUUUUCACUAUUGUUCACACUUUGAAAUCCUAACAAUUGUACAAUUUAGCCACCUAUUUUGCUCCGGCGUUUUCCUUUCAAAUGCUUGUCGUAGUCAUCGCUAAUCUUAUCUUUUUUUAACCAAAAUAUGACAGGUAAAUAGCACUUUCAAAUGUUUUAUAAUAAAACAAUUUUGAUAUAAAACCACAUUGUAUUCUAAGCUUGCUACUACCUGCUGUCGACGAGUUCAAUUUUUUACAGUAUUGAAAACUUCAAAUGACAUAUAUAUUGUUCUACUAAAACUAAUCGUUUAAAUAAAAUAUACUGUCUUAAAAUUAAGACAUUUCUUUGAGAGUAUUUUCCAUUGAAACUAUAAUCAUCAAUGCAUUUUGUACUAUAAUUUGUGGUCAAGUUUUGACCUGCAUGGCUAUUGUGGUAUAAUCUUGGCAUUUUUCAAUGAUUAAAAAAUGCCAAAACACACAGAGAAUUUUCAUACUAUUUACUUUUCCAAAAUUGCAACUAAAGGUAUCAAUCAACCGGUGAUUAGGAAACUUCCUUAAAUAGAAAUGCAAAAGUAUUAAUGCUGGAUUAUCAAAUUCCUCAAUUUGAUGUCUGAAUAACUCAUUCUGCAAUGCAUUGCUUGUAGAAAUCUUCCUUGUUUCAAUAGAAUCAUUUAUACAAUAAGCUGUUUAGCUGAAUUACCUGAACAUAUUAAAAAAAUUGCAAACAUUUUUGUUCCUGAAGGCAGAUUUAGACUACACAACUUUUGCCUAAAACUGUCGCAUGCAACCUUCUUACAACUUGAGUUGUACUGUGUUGUCUACAACAACGUAGGCAAGUUGUGUGCUUGAUUUACACAGUACAACUCAAGUUGUAAGCAGGUUGCAUGCGAAGUUUUAGGCAAAAAUCAUGUAAAUCGGCCUUACCUGAUUGGGGUGUUACCACAAUGUUACAUAGAAACUGCACCCGCACAUACAAGAUAUAAUCUUUGGCACACACAAGCUUUUUCAAGGGUUUAAUACAGCUUUUCAUUUUUGCAAAAACAGGUACGAGUACCAUUGGGCGGACGGACAAACCAUAAAACGACCAAUCAAAUGUAGCGCGCCUAAAUAUAUCGAUUAUCUCAUGUCCUGGGUUCAAGACCAGCUCGAUGAUGAAACUUUAUUCCCUUCUAAAAUUGGUGAGUAUAGACGGUUGUGUGAUGUAAUGACGAGUGCAUGCAAGGCAAAGCCAUUUCUCUUUCUGCAAGACGUCAGCAUCAAUGGUGGGAUUCCUGGUCAAAAAUGGUCAAACCAUGGUCAAAAAUGGUCAAACCAUGCGAGAUAACCAACCACAACUCUACUUACAGAAGUUUUCAAAAAUACAUGACAGGGGGGCAAGUAACCCAUCCAAGUAAUACUGUAUCUUCAGCAGGUUUAUUUCAGUGUAAGAACCCAUGCUCAGUGAAUAUGUGUUCCCCAUUUAGAAUUAACCCAAUGAGCACCAGCACUUGGUUAUCGUUCCAUGUUUCACGCACCAAUAUAAGUUAGGGGUUAGGUAUUAGGGUUAGGUUUAAGGUUAGGGAUAGGGUGUGUAUAUAUGUGUAUGGAGGUAUUCAGUUAACUUUUCAGUACAAUAUAAUAUCCACUACAUAACAUUUACUAUGUUGGUGCGAAACAUGGAAUGAUUACCCAGCACUUCUACUUGACAAGUAAAAUCAUCUAGCAUUAGACUGGUAGGGUGCAUUUGAGUGCAAUUCAACUUAAUGGGUUAAACUACUGUAUUAGAAUUGUUUAAAUUAAAAUUUAAUUUUCCAAAUAAUUGUUUAUUUUCAUUGUUUCACAGGAGUUCCAUUUCCAAAGAACUUCCUACAGAUUGCAAAAACAAUCCUGAAAAGAUUAUUCCGAGUUUAUGCACACAUCUACCAUCAACACUUUCAGCACGUCGUCGACUUAGGGGAGGAGGCGCAUCUCAACACAUCAUUCAAACAUUUUAUUUACUUUGUUCAAGAAUUUAACCUUGUCGAGAAACGCGAACUAACACCAUUGCAAGAACUGAUAGAAAAGCUCACGAAUAAAGAUAGAGCGUAGAUUUAGUUUGGGAAGACAUGACCUGGUUUUGAUUUGCAAAUUUGUACAGAAAAGUAGUUUCGUUUAGAACUCCAACUCCAGGACCUUUUCUGGGAUAAAUAAAUCUUUUCCAGGACACGAAGGUUUUACAGUAACCUACCAUGGAGUAAAACGUGAAGAUAUGUUGAGUUUUAUUUUGCAGCUGAGCCUGUGCAAUGUUAUCCUUGCUUUAAGGAUAUGGAAGCUAGUUAAUAUUGAAGAAAAAAUACCAAUUUGUCUUAAUUGGGAACCUUUAUCAAUUCUAAUAAGACAAUAUCACUCUGGUAAUUCUAAUUAUUGCUUGAGCAUUAAGUUAAUAAUUUUACACUUUAUGGAAACAGGAAAACACACUUGCAAACUGCAGGUUUUAUAAAUUAUAUCUGAUAAAUUAAAGGAGGGUUAUGUCCUGAGCAAAAUCAUUUCCACUAGAAAUUGUAAGAAUUUUUUUGAACAAUCAAAAGCUGUAAAUUAAAAAAGACUAUAAAACAUUUAGUUUCGUAUCGCGUUUAGUUCAUAAUUUUUUAGCAUAGAAAUCCCUGUGUAAAGAUAUCAUUUUGUAGAAAUAAAAUUUGUUUCUGUUGGAAAUCUACUGUUAAGAAAAUCUGUGUGGACUGUUGUUUUCAUACACGAAAAUUGUUGGGUUUCAUAUGUCACAAAAGUGAGGGGGGGGGGUGUGUUCGGGUCAACUCUUAAAACAAAACACAGUUAUCAGAGUGAGUCGAUUGUUCGUUUUAUGUAUUAGCCUUGUGCUUGGUGGCAAAUGCAUGGAAUUUUGUAUCAUUUUCUCACUCCAGUACAGCAUAUGUAAGCAUCAAUACAUUUGAGGUUGACCCCCUGUCAGAUUCACUGCAUAAUGCCAUAGUGAAAACCAAGAAUACAGCCAUGGUAACUUUGUUUCACCAAGCACCAUUUUUCAG